CGGACUUGAACUGAAGUGCCACAACAAGCUACCCCACAAGCUCUGUGUGCAGCAGUGGACCUCCAGGACCCGUCUGCCUCACAGCAGCUCUCUUUAAAGUGUAUCCUGCAGUAUCAGAUCGGAGGAUUUAUUUAAACUUUAUUUUUUAACAUUUUCCUUGCAGAUUUUUUGAUGCAAUGAGAGGACACCUCGUUGAACGUGAGUAUACAUUAGUCUAAAAGUGGUCUAUUUAAAGCAGCCCAUGAUGUGUUUGGUUACACUGCUGUGAGGCUGAUGAACAAUUAACUGUGACUGAAUUAUUUUCACAGAGACAUGAGUGGAAGGAGAAGAGGUGGAAAGCCGAACAGAGGAGGGGGGAGGUUCAACAAGCCAAGAGGAGGUGGUGGUGGAGGUGGAGGAAGGAAAGGAGGAGGUGGUGGUGGUGGUGGUGGAGGAGGUGGAGGUGGAGGAAGGAAAGGAGGAGCUGGUGGCUGGGAUGAUGAUGAUGAUUUCAGCCUUGAUUUUGGACCCCCUCAUUCAAGCAGGUUUGUUUUCGCUGCAACAGAAUUAUCUAUAACAUCAGAAAUGUGGUGUCCCUAUUAGGGCCCAACCAUAUGGAUUUUUUGGGGGGCCGAUACUGAUUAUUAGUGGGGAAAAAAAUCAGAGAACAGAUUAAUCGGCUGAUUUUUGAAUUUUUUUUUAUGAAGAUAUAUAUAUAUAUAUAUAUUUGCACAGUAUACUAAAUACUGUAGAUAUACUGUAGGCUCCUGCUCUUCACGCCAACAGGAAGACCCACUGAUCAAACUCGGACCAGAAAAGCGUUUUCAACUACUCUCUGCAUUCUCUGCAUUUUAUUUAUGAAAAUAUCGGCGAAAAUCGGCGAGUUUUGGCCAUUACCGAUUAGUCUCAAAUGGGCUAAAAUUGUCCGAUUUAAUCGGCUCGCCAAUAAAUCGGUCGGGCCCUAGUCCCUAUAUCAGAUCGUUUUCUUCAUCCUCUGUCUCUCUGUCUCUCUCUCUGUUUACCUGGCACUUCCGCCUCCAGACCUGGCAGAGGACAAAGUGGGGGCGGCAGUGGCAGACAUAAAGGUGGCAGAGAUGGAGGUAGAGGAAGGGGGGCUAGAGAUCGAGACAGGGAUGGCAAAGCUCUCCCAAGAUCCCUGGCAAGGACAAGGACAUGUCCAACCUCUGGGGGCAGCAUGAGGCCAGAGGUGAGCACCAUGCCCUUGCAGAGGAUCUUCAUGACUAAUGACGCUCAAGAACAACUCAAGGAGCUGCUGCGAGAGCUGCAAACCCAGGACCUUGAUGACCCUUAUGAGUAUGUAAAUUCUAAAGAACAGUUAUCAAAUAAUCUGAAUCCCCAAAAGGAUGAAUUCUAGAAAAUGACUUUGUCAAGAUUAACUGAUGUCCUCAUUCACAUCAUCCUCUGUGCUUCAGUGAAUCUGGUUCAGACUGUGUGGAGGGAGAAGAAGAAGAAUUUGAUGAGUUGGACCACCGUGAGGAUGGCCAAUUUUGGGCCACUAAUGAUGAGUCUGUGGAGAGGGCAGAGAGCCCAGCAGAUGAGCCAUAUGAGUCUGGUGAUGAAGGGUCUACGCCUGAACCUGUCAUCUCUUUAUUUGCAAUAGGUAAACUCUGCAGGUAAUGUACAAAUGUAUUUCUUUUGUUCAAUAUUGUAGCGGUAACACUUGUCAUUACAGCUGUGUUAAUACCAACACCACCGAUAAGUUGAAAGGUGGUCGUGAAGCAUAAAAAAGGUGGCCUCUGGCACAUUAAAAUACAUCUUUUCCAUUACACGCACUCUUCUUGAAUAUGCACAUUUUAAUGGGUUUAAAAUUCAGUUCUCCAUGGUGAAUGUCAUAAUUUAUUGGCUGACAUUUGCAGAACACGGAUGAAUACUACACUCUGCCCAGCAGUGCUGAGUGCACUUGAAUACAUAUAGAGCAGACAAAUGGGCAUGUCUCUCUAUCAUAAUGAUGCCCAUGUUGUGUUUUUGCGAACCGCGUGAUCUAAAAUUAUUGUAAUAAAUCAGCCUUUUUACAUGUGGAUUGAUUAUUUAUUUAUUUAUUUAUUUAUUAUGUUUUUAUUGUGUUUUUAUGCCCUGUACAGUGUCCUUGAGUGUUCAGAAAGGCGCUUUUAAAUAAGAUGUAUUAUUAUUAUUAUUUACAAAGUGCUAUUAGGUGUAGAAAUUUACACCAAAUAAUGCAUCAAUUUUAAUGCUGUAAGUUACUGGCCUGCCCCCCAAAAAACAACCUGUUCUUCUUCUUCUCAAAGAGUAGCUUAUUACAGAGCUAGCAAAAUGUCUCCAGUCAUAUCUCAUGUUAAACAUUUUAUGGUUAUAAUUUUAAAGCAUUUGAAAUCAAGAUAUUUAAAAGUAUUCAAUAAUAUGAAAUAAAAACAGCUUCAUGUUAUUCUUGUAUGACACUCAUAACUGUGGUAUUGUUCAGCUGUUGUGAAAGCCAAUCUCUAAUUUGCUCUAAAAAUGUGUUUUUUAGAUUACCCCAUUCUCAGCUAAUGGAGUCUGUAUUCAAAUGGCAAGAACCAUUAUAAGAACCUCUCUGUUUCUCUAGCCUUCUUGAAUCUAAACCCAGUGUUAUUGUUUCUAUGCUGUUGUGAGUCAAAAUACUGAGCUGGAUAAACGUUCACGUCCCCACAGAACUUUUUAUUUCCUCUUCUUUCAUCUGUGCAGGUUUGGAUUUGACAGAGAGCGCAGUAAGCAAGCACUGGAGUCCGGAAAAGGGGAAUUUGGCACCACUUUGGAACAGCUCCUUUACCAAGUUUUUAGUGAACGCUUCGGCCAGAAAGCACUGUCCCUGGAUGGCCUGGAAAGCGUGCCUAUGGACGAGUGUUUAAGCCAGAGGCAGGAGGAAGCUCUGGCUCUAACUGCCAUUUACGGGGAGCGCUUUGAUGAGUGUAUCGCUAAUGCAGUCUGGACUAUAACCCUGGACCUGCCGUUCCUGUCAGAGAACGCUAACAAGAAUAGUGAUCGAUUUCAGAGUAGAAGUGGUGGAAGAGCUCUCUGCAGGUUUUUCGGGAGAGGAAAACCUUGCCGCUUUGGGGACAAGUGCAAGUUUGAACACCAGCUACCAGCUAAAGGGAGGUCUGGAGCUGGUUCCCCGGACCUGAGUGGCCCAAGUCAGCCCGGCUUUAGCAGCUAUUCUCCUCCUGAGUAUGAACUACAUAUCCGAUUCCCUAAAGGAAACCGCUAUCCUUUCCAGGCUCUAAUUGUGGCCUUCAGUACCACAGACGAGUCCAUCGGAGCUGCAGGGAGGCUCAGCGUGACGGAGAGAUUAUUUGGAGAAGCACUGACUGCAGCAAAGAACGGCGAGCCAGUUGUUUAUACUCUGAUCUCCAUAUGUGAGGAUGAAGACACGAUGAAGGAACUGUUAGCAGUCAGUCAUCACAAAUACAGCACGCCGCCACCUGUUAUUGUCGUUCCCCCUCCUCCUCCUGCUAUAGCAAAGAGUAAGAGCACGAAGAGCAAUGCCUCUGAGGAAAGCAGGGGUAGCAGCAGCAGUAAUCCCACAAACAGCAGAAGGAUUGUCCCGCCUGUCAACCAGAAACCUGUAAAUGGUGAGUUAAAAGAUCAGUUAUCACUCCUCAGUCAAAUAUUUUUGUUUCAAUCCCAUAAUUUCUGUCUUUAAAAGUAAAAGAUACAACAGAGGCAGAUGAGCCGGAUGACCAGGAUGAAGAAGAUGAGGAUGAAGCUGUCCCUGUUGAAAGUGAGAGUUAUGUGAAUCUGAGGAAGAAGAUGGUGAAUAAGCACAACAUGAAGCUGGAUAACGUCCUGCAGGAAAGUAACAAGCUGUGUCGAGAGUUUCAGAGGAAGCAGGUAAAAUGAGCCUGAUAAUAAGAUGCUGUCAUUAUAUUUGAUCUUACAUUAACUCCCCUCUCAUUAGUGUUUUUGAUUCAUUGCUCUCCUGUCAUCCUUUCAUGCACACAGUCAUCCAGGCGUUUCAGGUCUAUGCUGGAACAGAGGAGGAAGCUGCCGGCUUGGCAGGAGAAAGAAAACAUCCUCGACCUGUUGGAUAGGUGCCAAGUGCUGGUAGUCAGCGGGAUGACGGGGUGAGUCACACAGAGCAGCAUUAAGCAUUGUCAUAUUCAGGAACACUCAAAUAGAGGACAUGCUAUUUAUAGCAAAGCAGAAAAAGGGAGAAAAAGAAACCUCGCUAUUAAAUCUGAGGAGGAUGUAUGCAGAGUCAUAUCUGAAGAGGAUAUCAUCUUUUUUGAUAAAGGAGAGUAUAAAUCAAUCAGACAGGAUCUUUAAUCUGAUCUGAUUAUCAUUAACUCAUCACUUAGAUCUCCCAAAUUCAGGCCCCAGCUGUAAACUGAUAUUUUAAAAGAGAAAAAUGAAGAUUGAACACAGAAAAUAAAAACAAACUCUGUCCGAGUUCAAGGUGCCACAUCGUAAACUCUGUCUGACUGAAUGUCUGACUUACAGCUGGGGUUAGAUGAGGCUGCGCGUUGGUGCACUUGUUAGAGCUGUUGCUUCACAUCAAGAAGACACCUGGUUUGAAUCCCCCUGUUGGGGGCCUUUCUGUGUGGAGUGUACAUGCUCUCCUCAUGGGUUCUCUCUGGAUUCUGUCCCACAGUCCAGAAACAUGCCUGACAGAUAAAUUGGCGUGAGGCUGGUUGUUUGCCUCUAUGUGACCGACAACCUUUUUGUGUUGUACUCUACCUCUUGCACUAUGACACCUGAGUUAGGCUGCAAGUGACUCUGAAAGGGAAAAGAUGGACAGAUGAAUGGGUUUAUUUAUACAAACCCCUCAGUGGUACUACAUGUGUUCCGAAAGAAUAUCCUUGAACCUGGCUUUAGCGUUAACUUUAGGUUCUCAGUUCUUUCCCACUUUGUUAUUAGUGAGGGACUGAAUCUUUGUAUUUUAUCACACACAGAUGAGGUAUUGGAGAAUAAGCAAUUUCUAACUUUUCGGCCUGUUGAUUACAUUUAUUCCAAGGACGAGUUUAUCAUCUAUUUUUCUUCUGCAGUUGUGGUAAGACCACUCAAAUCCCUCAGUUCAUCCUUGACUCCACUUUGAGCGGACGAGCAGAUGAGGUGGCAAACAUCAUCUGCACUCAGCCACGCCGCAUCUCCGCCAUCUCUGUGGCUCAGAGGGUGGCGCAGGAGCGGGCGGAGAAUCUGGGGAACUCAGUGGGCUACCAGAUACGCCUGGAGAGCGUUAGGGUACUGACACGUCCUUCAUGUCUAAGACUCAACAGUCAGUUUGUGUUAUUUUUUAGAUUUCAUAUUCCAACUCUUCAUCUCUGACUACUCUUUAGUCGUCUGCCACCAGACUGCUGUACUGCACUACAGGAGUGUUGCUGAGACGACUGGAGGGCGAGGCAGACCUCAAAGGCGUUACACAUGUCAUUGUGGAUGAAGUGCACGAGCGAACAGAGGAGAGGUGAGAUCAAACAAAUGAAGUUAUUCUUACAGAAUUUUCUUCACUUGUUUUUACCAUGGCAGAACAGUUUAGUUUAAGUAUUUUGUCUUCUUUUCUUUUUUCAGUGACUUCCUGCUGUUGGUUUUAAAGGACCUAAUAGCUCAAAGGCAGGACCUGAAGAUCAUUCUGAUGAGUGCAACUCUUAAUGCCAACCUCUUCUCUGAAUAUUUCUAUAACUGUCCCACCGUCCACAUACCAGGUAAUCAACAAACUGUGGGAUCUUGCUUUAGAUAUUCGCAUGUUUGACACCGUAAAUUGAUUGUUCAGUCCAUUUCUCUGACUCCAGGGCGGACUUUUCCCGUUGACCAAUUCUUUCUUGAGGAUGCGAUUGAAAAGUCCCGGUAAGUACAUCCCAUCUUUACUUCAGAUAAUGUUUCAGCAAAUUCUCCUGAUUGAUCUAGUUUUAGAUAUUAACAACCCAAGCAUGAGGGAGACGCAACAAGUGUGGUGGGGGCGACAAAAAGGCUCAGAUCUUAAAUACAAUGAAUUUUUCCAGUUAUGUCAUUGAGGACGGCAGCCCUUACACACGCUCAGGGAAACAGAAUUCGUCUUCCACAAGUGGACAAGGAAGUAAAGCACAUCCAAGAGACAUGGUGGACAACCUUGGUGAUGAUAUGUGGAACUUCAUGUCUUUCUGUAAGAAGGACUUUGUCAAAGACUCAGUCCCAGACCAGCAGCUCGGCCUGCAGGAGCUCACACUCAGAUACAAAGGUGAGUGACACAGAAAGUACCGAUCUGUUCUAUGAACUGCAUAUCCUCCUGCGUCAUACGAUAAAGCGGACAAUAACAUGCAACGGUGUGUUCUGCUUUUGAUGUAGAUACUAAGAAGUCUGUUUUGAAGACGAUGGCAGCAAUGGACAUGGACAAGAUCAACAUGGACCUGGUGGAGAGUCUGCUGGAGUGGAUUGUGGACGGGAAACAUGGCUACCCUCCAGGUGAGACACACCCCUAAACGGUUAAUUUAAUCUCAUCAUGUUGAUUUCAAAACUGGAACGUCCAACACAGACUUUUAAAUCUUGAUGUAACAUUUUAGAUUUCUGCAUACAGGUGCAGUGCUCGUGUUUCUGCCGGGCUUGGCUGAGAUUAAGAUGCUUUAUGAGCAGCUCAAGUCCAACAGGAUGUUCAACAACAGAGGCACAACCAGGUCUGUUUCUACAGAUGUUUUACUGAGAAAAACUUAUAUCUUCCUAUUAUUUUUGGUCUGGUUUUGUAGUUUUAUCUGUUCUUGAAAGGUUAUGAAGGCAGUACAUAAACAAACAUUAGAAAUUAGUGCAGGGCAUCAAAACUACACAGAAUAAAUCUCUAUAAUUUGUAUAUACAGCCGAUUUAUCUUUAACCUCCUUAUUUCAGCACUUUUAUAAAACAGGUUUUAAUGUGACAUUUUUUAAUCCAGUGAUCAAGUAGUAAGGAACACUAAUACUUGCUUCUUGCACAAUAUUAACUUUGCUCUAAUGUGUUUCGCACCCAUUAGGUGUGAGGUGUACCCUCUCCACUCAACCUUGUCCAACGAGGAGCAGCAGGCAGUCUUCAGCCGACCUCCAGAUGGUGUCACAAAGAUCAUCAUCUCCACCAACAUCGCAGAGACCUCGGUAACCAUUGACGAUGUGGUAUAUGUCAUUGACUCUGGCAAGAUGAAGGAGAAAAGGUGACGUUUUGCUAAGCUCAGAGCAGAAACGAUGGAGUUAAACAGUCCAUUCAUUUCUGCCUUUUGUUGAACAGUUUGUUUUUGUAAAGUCACACGCCUGAAUUCUCUUUUGGUUGUACCCCCAGGUACGAUGCUUCUAAAAGCAUGGAGAGUCUAGAGGACUCGUGGGUGUCUCGGGCCAACGCAAUGCAGAGGAAGGGUCGAGCGGGUCGUGUGGCCUCGGGGGUCUGCUUCCACCUCUUUACCAGCCACUGCUUCCAACACCAGCUGGCCGAACAGCAGCUGCCUGAAAUCCAGAGAGUGCCUUUAGAGCAGCUCUGCCUCCGGUAGAUCCAUCUGUUUUCUGUUUGCAUCAUGACAACCUUCGUCUUCUUUGUGAAUGCAGUUAGAAGAGGCUAAUGCAUAACAUGCCUCUAUAGAAUUUUGAUUAGAGUUUUGUCAGUAGUCCCUCUCAACAAGCCCCACUUAUCUUACAGUGUCCAGUUUGGUUUUGAGAAAGGACGUCCCACUUUAAGUAUUUACUGUUUCCCUCAUCAGAAUCAAGAUCCUGGACGUGUUUGCUGAGCGGACGCUGGAGUCAGUUUUCUCUCGCUUAAUUGAGCCCCCGGCUAUGGGAAGCUUGGAUGCAGCCAAGCAGCGUCUGUGUGACCUGGGAGCUCUGACUCCAGACGAAAAGCUGACUCCACUGGGCUACCACCUGGCCUGCCUGCCUGUGGACGUCCGAAUCGGAAAACUCAUGCUGUUUGGUGCCAUCUUCCGCUGCCUCGACCCAGCGCUCACCAUCGCUGCCAGUCUGGCUUUCAAAUCUCCAUUUGUAAGAAAGUGUUUGUUGUUAAUGUACCAUAAGUGGUGGUGGGAAAUAGUCUUUAAACACAUUGCUUUCUCUAACCUGGUGUGUGCUUUGUUUUCUAGGUUUCCCCGUGGGAUAAACGAGAAGAAGCCAAUGAGAAAAAACUGUCCUUUGCUGUGGCCCAAAGUGACCAUCUAGCAUUGUUACAGGCAUACAAGGUUCUACACUGACUUGUGGAAAAACAUACUUAAAAGCUGUUUAUUUCUACUUAGGCUGGUUUGGCUUUAGAAAGGAUUGAUGAGACGGAUUAUCCCUCUCUUGCAGGGUUGGUGCUGUGCUGCAAAAAAUGGCAACCAGGCCGGCUUCCUCUACUGCAGGGAGAACUUUCUGUCAUGGAGAGGCUUACAGGUCCAGCAGUAUUAAAUUGAAACUCCAAAAUUUGUGGGGUGGAGGUGGGGGGUGCUCCUAUUCCACCUUAAAUAAUUUAUUUAUUUUUGGCAAAAUAUUUUUCUGUGUACAGGAAAUCGCCAGUCUGAAGAGGCAGUUUGCUGAGCUGUUGUCUGACAUUGGCUUCAUUAAGGAGGGACUCAGGGCCAGGGUCAUAGAGCGCAUGAGCUCCAAAGGGACUGAUGGUGUUCUGGAGGCGACAGGCCCUGAGGUAACAAACACAUGCAUCAUGCAUCACGCAUACAGGGUGUAUUUUUUAUAUUUAAAAUAAUAAAAUAAAAAUAGAUUUGAGGCUCUCUUUGGUCUUUUAUUUUAUAUUGGAGGAGUGGUUGAGACUUACUCGGUUAUUUCCAUCCACUGGUGAAUGAAAAAUAUGUUCAAAAGCCUGUCUGUGGUUGGUUUGCAAUCACUGCCAAAAACCCCAAUUAAGAUUUGAAGGCCAUCUGAACCAAAAAACUGAACCUCAAGGAGGUCAAAAGUAAAUACAUGACAAAAGAUUCAAGGCAAAAACAAAAACAGACCCAGUUUUUUGGUUAUUUCUUCAGGUAACCCUAGACAGGUUGAAUCAAACUUUGAUCUAUGUUCGAUUUAUGAAAGAUUUUAGCUCUCAGUUGAUAUUACCAAUAAUCCUUUUUCAUACUGAUAACUUGUUUCCUUUAUUUUAGGUAGUUACAGAUAACUGAGAAAAAGUGUUUCACAGGCUUUAUACGUGAUAAAAUGUUACUUUCCACAUGUGGCGUAACUUAGAGAGUAUUUAUUCUAAUUAUUCCUUUUUCUCUUUGGUCAAGGCCAACUUGAACUCAGAAAACAUCCGACUUAUGUCCGCCAUGCUGUGUGCCGCCCUCUAUCCCAACGUGGUCCAGGUCAGUCAUUGAAACAAGAAAUGGAAGCCAGUGAGGAGUAUAAAGCUGUCUCUUACCUCUUUAGUUAGUAAGCUACUCAGUGUUUCAAUAUUUUAUUUAGGUACGAGCUCCUCAGGGGAAUUACAAGAUGACCAGCAAAGGAGCGAUGAAGAUGCAGCCCAAAGCAAACGAACUGCGCUUCAUGACCAAGAAUGAUGGCUGUGUGCAUGUGCACCCCUCCUCUGUCAACUACACAGUAAGAAACGAGACAGAACAGCUAACCUUGAACUCCAUUGCUAGUUAGGUUACCGAGCCUCAUGACUUUUCUUUGUGCCCCAGGUCCGCCACUAUAACAGCCCCUACCUGGUUUACCACGAGAAGGUGAAAACAAGCCGUGUCUUCAUAAGGGACUGCAGCAUGGUGUCGGUUUACCCGCUGGUCCUGUUUGGAGGUGGCCAGGUCAACAUGGAGCUACACAAGGGAGAGUUUGUCAUCUCACUGGAUGACGGAUGGAUCCGAUUUGCUGCUGCCUCUCAUCAGGUCAGGGAGGAGAGAUAACUGAGAUUUAAGAGCUCAGAUUUAUGUCGCGUCACAACAGCAGCUAAGAUUAUCUUUGUCUUCAGUUCAUCUUUUUGCAUAUCUUUGCCUGAAAUGUGGUGACACUGUGUCACUUUUAAUUCCACAUAGAUAUGGAUCCAGACUUUUCAAUAGAUCAUUUUUAAGUUCACCAUCUCUCUGGGAAGUAGAUAUUUUAUCCAUUAUUAUUAAGAAUAUGAAUGAUAUAAUUUGAACAGUGUUAGCCACUUAAUAUAACUGUGGGGAUUUUGAGGGUCUGGCAGUUUAGAGUCCCUGCUCUUUCAUCAUGCUUGUGUCUGUGUGUGUUUGUGUUUGUAACACAGGUGGCAGAGCUGGUGAAAGAGCUGCGCUGGGAGCUGGACCAGCUGCUGGAGGACAAAAUCAGGAACCCGAGCAUAGACCUGUGCAGCUGCCCCCGCGGCUCCCGUAUCAUCCACAUGAUAGUGCACCUCAUCACCACACAGUAACGCUGCUACUCAACACACACGUUAUCAACCUUUAGUGUCAACCCUGCAGGCUGAAAUGCAUGGAGCCAUGUGGUUAAAAUGUGUUUUUUGCUUCUCACUGCCAUCUAGGGAUUUGUUAUGACACAUUAAACCAUCAGCUGGGGGUGAAGUGAGGUCACCUGGUUGGGGUGCUGCUACACAUCACCCUCCUGCCACGUGACCCUUAAACACCUGUGUUAGUUUACAUGACAACAGCUAUUGCUAUGGCUGCACUGAAGCAAAUAUUGCCUUUACACAUGGCUCUCUACAGGUGAUCAACAUUAUUGUAAUUGCUGGAAUAAAGUGCUUCCUGCUGUUUUCAUGAGAUCUAUUUUGACAGGAUUGAAAUGCUAAAGUUGAAAAGUUUUAGUGUCAUGUAACCGUAUGUGCAGUAAAUUGGCACUCAGAGAAUUGCUGAUGUCACACUUGUUUACAAUGUGUUUUUAUUUAAGAUGUGUGUUUGUCUCACAACUGAGGACUUUGAUGAGUUCAUAUUGGAUUCCUUCUUCUUCUUCCGCUGUGUCAUGUUGUGUGAAAAUUUGUAAUGCAUGAGUGGAAUAUCCAAGAGCUUCUGCAAUCUGCAUGGUACUUAGUUGUUUUACAUUUACUGAAUGUAUUCAACUGUAACUAUGAUGUCAGUACAAUUUCAAAAUGUGAAUGCAAGGGCUUUUUGAAUCAGGAUAAUUUGGUGAGAAUUGCCAAAGAGUUAUAAUGCUUUUUGUUUCUACAAAAUUCCACAGCACAGCUCACAAAAAAAUAAAAAUGGAAGGAUA